AUGGUGAUGAGGGCCUUUGUCCUGUUGGCUGUCUUCGCGGAAGCCUCUGCGAGAUCUUGCACUCCGAAUAAAGCAGAUGUCAUUCUUGUGUUUUGUUAUCCCAAAACCAUCAUCACCAAAAUCCCCGAGUGUCCCUAUGGCUGGGAAGUGCAUCAGCUGGCACUCGGUGGGCUGUGUUACAAUGGUGUCCACGAAGGAGGUUACUAUCAGUUUGUGAUACCAGAUUUGUCACCUAAAAACAAGUCCUAUUGUGGUACCCAGUCUGAGUACAAGCCUCCUAUCUACCACUUCUACAGCCACAUCGUUUCCAAUGACAGCACAGUGAUAGUAAAGAACCAGCCUGUGAACUACUCCUUCUCCUGCACCUACCACUCCACCUACUUGGUAAACCAGGCUGCCUUUGACCAAAGAGUGGCCACUGUUCAUGUGAAGAACGGGAGCAUGGGCACAUUCGAAAGCCAAUUGUCUCUCAACUUCUACACUAAUGCCAAGUUCUCCACUAAGAAGGAAGCCCCCUUUGUCCUGGAGACAUCUGAAAUCGGUUCAGAUCUGUUUGCAGGAGUAGAAGCCAAAGGAUUGAGCAUUAGGUUUAAAGUGGUUUUGAACAGCUGUUGGGCCACACCAUCAGCUGAUUUCAUGUAUCCCUUGCAGUGGCAGCUCAUCAACAAGGGCUGCCCCACAGAUGAAACAGUCCUCGUACAUGAGAAUGGGAAAGACCACAGGGCCACCUUCCAAUUCAAUGCUUUCCGGUUCCAGAACAUCCCCAAACUCUCUAAGGUUUGGUUACACUGUGAGACAUUCAUCUGUGACAGCGAGAAGCUCUCCUGCCCGGUGACCUGUGACAAACGGAAGCGCCUCCUCCGGGACCAGACAGGGGGCGUCCUGGUGGUGGAGCUCUCCCUCCGUAGCAGGGGAUUCUCCAGUCUCUAUAGCUUCUCAGAUGUCCUCUAUCACCUCAUCGUGAUGCUGGGGAUUUGUGUCGUGUUGUAGGAGAUCGCCAGAAAGGCGGUGACAUCUCCUCCACUCAACAUCAUCUCCUCUGUCUGUGACAAACUCCCAUGUAUCGUGCUGCCAACAAGAACAAACAGAAGAGCAUACUGUUGAGAUGCAGAGAACAGUGCUUUGCCAAUUACGUGUUCCAAUAAUUUUUGUGAAAUUCAGUGAUGGUCUUUGGUGCCCCACUUCCU